UAUUCUUUCAGCCGAAGAGAAAGACAGAAAAACAACAACAACGAGAACCAUGAAGACUUUUGCCAUCCUCACCAUCUGCGCUGUGCUGUCCGUCUGUCUGUCCAACCAAGACAUGACCAUGGAGGCUUCCUCUGACCCUGACGUAGCUGCAACUGCCGCACCCGACCUCUCGUCCCCCUCCGACUCAGCUUCAUCAUCAGCCUCUUCCUCUUCCUCUUCCUCCGAGUCCGACUCCUCCGCUUCCGACUCCUCGGCCUCCGACUCCUCCGCUUCGGACUCCUCUGCCUCCGAUUCCUCAGCUUCCUCCUCUUCCUCGUCUUCCUCCUCCUCUUCCUCCGAGUCCACUGAGGUUUCCAACCCAUUCUCCAUAGAUGUGGCCAUAGAUGCAGCUACAGAUGCAGCCAUAGAUGUGGCCAUAGAUGUGGCCAUCGAUGCAGCCACAGAUGCUGCCAUUGAUGCAGCCACAGCCCUGGCCCACGAGGUGAUUGUGAAUAGGGAGGUGGCCACUGGCCUCCUCAGGACGUACAGGGGAGGAGACACGCCAGCAGCCGACCUCUCUCUUCUUCAGCUGGAGAGUCUGAGGGAAGUGUGCGAGGUCAACCUGGCAUGCGACCACAUGGCCGAGACAACCGGCAUCGUUGCCGCCUACACAGCCUACUACGGCCCCGUGCCCUUCUAAACCGCCCCGCAAUCCCAGACGGCUAGCCUCUGGAAUCUGCUCUUCCAACAUCCCCCUUCCUUUUUCUUUUUUGAGAGAGAGACGGUGUUAGCGACUUGACAAACAGGACAACCACUUUUUUUGACAAAAGAGCAACACGUGGUUCUUUCCCCACCGCUUGAGAGUGCUCUCAAUGGUUUCGGUAGCCUAGUGUUGAGAGAUUUUUUUAUAAGAGCCGCAAAUGAAACCAGCUCUCCUUUUUGAAACAGCAGGAGCUGUCAACUGCUAAAAUGCAGAGUAGCGCACUAGCGCUGUGUCAACAACAUUUCUGCCCUCCGUCCUCAGCACAACUGAGGGGAUGUAAGGAACGCGAAGCCUGUAUAGAAAUACCGAAGUAAAUAUGGCCUGGGGUUACAAAAAAAAAGUUAUAUGUUUGCAGAGUUUUAAGCUUAAAGUCUUUAUCUGUGCAUUGCUGUUCAAUGUGUAUUGCUUCUAGGUACUCUGCAGCUUACUAUCCUGAAAGUCAACUUUUUUUGUAAGUUAUUGAGUUUUACAAGUGAUAGUUACUGGCAGUGUAAGCCAUGGUAAUUGUUACAUCUGUAUAGCUGAAAGGUGCUAUUUCCACUUUUGUGUGGAUUCUUCAACCAACUGUACACACUUUACCAUUGCUGUUUGAAAGUGGCUGAAUACUCAUGAGAGGAAAUGCUCUCUUGGAGUGUAUUCACCCAUCCAUUAGAUUGACAAACAAACCAACACAUUGGUUGCAGCUGUCAGUCUUUUUUGUAUUGUUUUUCUAAAGUGCACAUAAUUUGUGUAAAUUGUUACAGUGGAUUACACCACUUCGCUUGAAUGUUUGUGUCCAAUAAAAUAACGUUUGAAAUAUAAAA